GGACGGCCGCCUCUACGCAGUGUGGCGCCUGCUUUGUUAGAUUGAUCCAUGCUAACACAUUUCCUUUGUUGUGAUUAACCGUUUAGCGGUUGUGAUUCUGCUGUAAUAACUUAUAUUAAGAAAGUUGCUGUUGCGAUUAGAGGAUGAGUGGCGGAGUGUAUGGAGGCGAUGAGGUGGGAGCUUUGGUGUUCGACAUUGGCUCAUAUUCUGUAAGAGCUGGCUACGCAGGAGAAGACUGUCCCAAGGCGGACUUCCCCACGGUGAUAGGGGUGACCCUUGACCGAGAGGAUGGCAGCACUCCUAUGGAGACGGAUGGUGACAAGGGCAAGCAGAGUGGCACCACGUACUAUAUUGAUACCAACCAGCUGAGGGUACCCCGGGAGAACAUGGAGGUCAUGUCUCCGCUCAAGAAUGGCAUGAUUGAGGACUGGGACAGCUUCCAGGCCAUUUUGGAUCACACCUACAAGAUGCACUUCAAGUCUGAACCAAGCCUGCAUCCAGUGCUCAUGUCAGAAGCAUCGUGGAACACACGAGCGAAACGCGAGAAACUAACAGAGCUGAUGUUUGAACAUUACAACAUUCCUGCCUUCUUUCUCUGCAAAUCAGCGGUGCUCUCUGCCUUUGCCAAUGGUCGGUCUACAGGCUUGGUCCUGGACAGUGGAGCCACACACACCACAGCAAUUCCAGUGCACGAUGGCUACGUCCUGCAGCAAGGAAUCGUCAAAUCGCCCCUGGCUGGAGACUUCAUGAGCAUGCAGUGUAGGGAGCUUUUUCAAGAGUUAAAUGUUGAAAUAAUCCCCCCUUACAUGAUUGCGUCAAAGGAUCCAGUGCGGGAGGGAUCCCCAGCCAGUUGGAAGAAAAAGGAGAAACUACCUCAAGUCACCCGCUCAUGGCACAACUACAUGUGUAAUUGUGUGAUCCAGGACUUCCAGGCAUCUGUGCUGCAGGUGUCAGACUCGCCAUAUGAUGAACAGGUUGCCGCACAGAUGCCCACAGUGCACUAUGAGCUUCCCAACGGCUACAACUGUGACUUUGGUGCUGAGAGGCUGAAGAUCCCAGAGGGGCUGUUUGACCCCUCUAAUGCCAAGGGCCUGUCUGGAAAUACCAUGUUGGGAGUUGGCCAUGUGGUGACGACCAGCGUGGGAAUGUGUGACAUUGACAUCCGGCCGGGUCUGUACGGAAGCGUGGUGGUGACUGGAGGAAACACGCUCAUUCAGGGCUUCACAGACCGACUGAACAGAGAACUCUCCCAGAAAACCCCUCCGAGCAUGAGGCUGAAGCUGAUAGCCAACAACACUACAGUGGAGCGCAGGUUCAGUGCCUGGAUAGGAGGCUCAAUCCUGGCAUCACUUGGAACCUUCCAGCAGAUGUGGAUCUCUAAACAGGAGUACGAAGAGGGAGGAAAGCAGUGUGUGGACAGGAAGUGCCCUUGAUUUUUGCCACCGUACCCUGUCUGUCACCGUCUUUGCCACAAGCUCAACAUCAUGAAUCGUUCACCUCUAACCCCUGGACUCAGGAACACCUGCGGAUGAUCGCUCUCGUUUUGUAUGGUUUUGUUUUUAGAAAUAAUUGAGUUUGUCCAUAUGCCGCCUGUCUAGGAUUUAUUGUGAAAAUCAGACAACAAAGUUAACUGCGUCACUAUGAUGAAAUGAGGUUUAAGUUCCUUUGUUUAUCAUAACAGAAGGGCCGUUGCCUUAUUUUUAAAUUGCUGGUGUUUUGUGGAAACCUUAAGUCAGUUUUUCUGAAAUUGACAAAGCUUUGUCUUGCUACCUAUUGUCCAUUACCUUUUGUCCCGGUUUUGACAGAGUCUGACAUGGUCUAAUGGCCAGUAAAUAUCAGCAAUUGGUCCUCAGCUCAAGUUUUUGAUCACACUGGGGAAAACACAAUGUGAGAAACACAAGAUGUGUUGUCCAGGGUUUCUGCAGAAUACAGACAAUGUAAAAUUUGGGUGACAUGUGUUUGGUGGAUAACCUUACAGUUUAAGUUGAACAAUGUCUUGUCCAUAAGCCUUUAUUUUUUGUGUGUAGUAAGCUGAUCAUAAGCAAAAGCCAGUCAAUUCUCGCCUGUGCUUAUUUGUGAGUCAACUCAAAUAAAUCUGUAUUUAAUUUUCACUUUGCUUGUCAUUGGCUACAUAUGGUCUUUUAAAAAUAAAGUUCUUUUUUGUUAAAUGA